AGCGCAGUUUCAAGAUUCAUCUUGAGAAGGUAGCAGUACAUUUACCGCUCAAAGUGAGUCCGAAGCCUAAGGCGUGGGCUUGGAGUCCUGACUCAAAAGAUACCUCCUUGUUUUUACCGGGCCGAACGUCGUUCCGCAAGAGCUCGGCAAGAUGAGUGACAGGAGUCGACUAACGGGAAAGAUUGGAGAUGAAACUUUGAUUGAGAUGAGCCAGAACUCCCUAUGUGAUGGGGACAACAACGGCUUCCCCCACGAUACUGACGGCUAUCCCCAGCCUGACCCUUCAGAGUCUCCCACUCCUUACAUCAACCCUCCUGAUCAUGGCUCCUGUGAGUCUCUGGGUCCUGGGGUCCAGGGUCAUGGUACCUGUGAUUCUCUGGGUCCUGGGGUCCAGGGUCAUGGUACCUGUGAUUCUCUGGGUCUUGGGGUCCAGGGUCAUGGUUCCUGUGAUUCCCUCCGCUCCAGUUUGCCCUCCAUCCACUCUCACCACUCAGGCUCUGACCACAGUGACAGCAGCCCUGAACGUGGACAGAUCCUUAGACGUUUGUCCACCGUGACUGGGCUGACUGGGAUGUGGAGAAAAAGGGCUCUGUUCCUGAAGCAUCGCUCCAGGGUUGACAAGCAUCAGCAGAGUAAAGACUCUGUGUUCUUCCGGGAUGGAAAGAGGAGGAUUGACUUCAUCCUGUCCUAUGUGGAUGACCGAGACGGAGAGAGGAAGCAGGAGAGGCGGAAGGAGUACGAAGCUAACCUAAAGAAGGCAGGUCUGGAGCUGGAGACAGAGGAUCAAUCGGAGUCAGAUGAUGGUAAGACAUACUAUGUGAAGAUCCACACUCCAUGGGAUGUGCUAGCCACCUAUGCCGAUGUCCUCAAGAUCAAGGUUCCCUUCAAGGCCAACGACAUCCCCGCCCACAAGGACAUUCCCAUGAACUGGCUGUUCACUCCCUUCCGUCUACCGAACCACAUUAUGAAUCCUGAACCAGACUACUUCACCUCACCCUUCAACAAGGAAAAGAUCGACUUCUUCCUUAUCGAUGACAAGGAGACCUUCUUCCCUCCCUCUGUCCGCAACAGGAUAGUGUACUAUAUCCUGGCCCGCUGUGCGUACUACAAGGAGGACAGUGAUGACAAGAACAAGAAGGGCAUCAAGCGCCUGCUCAACAACGGGACCUACGGGGCUGCCUUCCCACUACAUGAUUCUCGCUACUGGAAGGCAUCCAGAGACCCCAACAGUGAGAGUGAGAGAUUCAGCCUCUACAAACACUGGGCCCGGUUCUUCAGUUUCUUCAAAGAGCAGCCUCUCAAUUUGAUACGGAAGUAUUACGGGGAGAAGAUUGGGAUCUACUUUGCCUGGCUGGGUUUCUACACUGAGAUGCUGUUCUUCGCUGCGGUAGUCGGCCUGAUCUGCUUUCUCUAUGGAUUGUUCACCUUCGAUGACAACGUCUGGAGUAAAGAAAUCUGCAGUGAGGAGAUUGGAGGCAACAUUAUCAUGUGUCCGCUGUGUGAUAAGACGUGUGGCUACUGGAAGCUCAACUCAACGUGUAAUUCGUCCUGGCAAUCGCAUAUGUUUGACAAUGUGGGGACAGUUUUCUUUGCCAUAUUCAUGGGGAUUUGGGUGACUCUGUUCCUGGAGUUCUGGAAGCGUCGGCAGGCCCGGCUGGAGUACGAGUGGGACCUGGUGGACUUUGAGGAAGAGCAGCAGCAGCUUCAACUACGACCAGAGUACGAGAUCAAGUGUACCAGCCGCAGACUCAACCGCGUUACACAGGAGAUGGAACCAUACUUUCCCGCAAAAUCCCAGUGUGCUCGUACAUUCCUGUCUGGAGCCACCGUCAUAUUCUGGAUCUCCCUGAUCAUAGCGUGUAUCAUCGGAGUGAUAGCCUACCGUUUGGCGGUGUACGCUGCGUUUGCCAGCAUCAUGAAGGACAGCCCCACCAAUAACAUCCACAUGGUGGGCUCCCUCAUCACCCCGCAGCUCGCCACCUCAGUCACCGCUUCCUGCAUCAACUUUGUCAUCAUCAUGAUCCUCAACGUGAUGUAUGAGAGAGUGGCCAUCUGGAUCACUGACAUGGAGAUCCCCAAAACACACCUGGAGUACGAGAACAAGCUGACAGUGAAGAUGUUUCUGUUCCAGUUCGUCAACUACUACUCUUCCUGUUUCUACGUGGCCUUCUUCAAGGGGAAGUUCGUCGGCCGUCCCGGAGACUACAUCUAUAUGUUCGGCUGGAGCAAGCUGAGGAACGAGGAGUGUGAUCCUGGUGGCUGUCUCAUUGAGCUGACCACUCAGCUGGUCAUAGUGAUGGCAGGCAAACAGGUGUGGGGUAACAUCCAGGAAGCUCUGGUUCCGUGGCUGCUGAACUGGUGGGGGAGCCGCAAAGCCCGUAGCCACCCUGAGAGCCUGUACAGCCGCUGGGAGCAGGAUCAUGACCUGCAGAACUUUAGCCAUCUGGGUCUUUUCUAUGAGUACCUGGAGAUGGUGAUCCAGUUUGGUUUCAUCACUCUGUUCGUGGCCUCCUUCCCUCUGGCCCCCCUGCUCGCGCUGUUGAACAACAUUAUAGAAGUUAGAGUGGACGCCUGGAAGUUCACCACCCAGUUCCGCCGGCCCGUGGCGGCCAAAGCCCACAGCAUCGGAGCCUGGCAGGAAAUACUGAACGGAGUUGCCGUUUUCUCAGUCGUCACCAACGCGUUCAUCGUAGCCUUCACAUCAGACAUGAUUCCCCGGCUGGUGUACAUGUAUGCCUACAGCCCUGACAACGAUCUCUCUAUGAAGGGCUACAUCAACAAUAGUCUGUCAGUGUUCAACAUCUCUGGGUUCUCUGAGGACAACCGGCCUGAUGACGGAGAGAGCCCUGAAUGGUUCAACAGCUCUGUCAUCACCACCUGCAGGUACCGUGACUACCGCUACCCUCCAGGCCAUGAGAAGCAGUACACUCACACCAUGCAGUUCUGGCACAUCCUGGCUGCCAAGCUGGCCUUCAUCAUUAUCAUGGAGCACGUGGUGUUCAUGGUGAAGUUCUUUGUGGCAUGGAUGAUUCCUGACGUUCCCGCGGAGGUGAAGGCCAGGGUCAAACGGGAACGCUACCUCAUCCAGGAGUACCUGCAUAACUACGAGGUGGAGAACCUGAAGAUCCAGCUAAGCCACAGGAACGAUGACUGCUCCUCCAACCCCGUGGACUACCCCGACAUACCCCGGCGCGAAGUGCUAUCCGAGUGUCUCUAGCACCCGUCCUCGCCCUCCGCCCACUCGUUUGAUUUUGGCUCGUGUUCAUUAGGGCACACGACGGAAAACUUUUUCAAACGUUUUUCAACGGGAAAUGUAUAAUUAGCGUUUUUGUUAUUGGACAUGACCGAGAUAGGACAUUUCCCAGUUUUGAGUCUGUUUUGUUCCGUUUGGUGCCUCAUGAACAAGACCCUGUUCAGAUUGGGCUGGGGCCUGGGCUGGUCUUAAGGAGAUUCUCUAUAAACUACCCUGAACGGUGGGAGAUCUGUCAGGGCUCUAUCUGCUGGUGGGGUAUAGAGGGAAAACCUCACAGAAAUAGCGUUUUUAUUACCUCUGUUGGUAGAAAGGUGCUGUAUAAAUCACAUUCAUCAUCAUCAUCAUCAUCAUUAAAUACAAGACGAUACUACAUUUAGUGUGACAUGUUUAAAGCAGUGCCAGAUCUGUCCAUGUGUGGUCUAUGGGAUUUCAGAUCCCAUCUUCAAUCAACAACCAUUCACUUCCAUCCACACUAACAUACUAAGGCUACAUUUACACAGGCAGCUCAAUUCUGAUCUUCUUUUUCUUUUUUUACACUAAUUGGUGUUUUGACCAAUCACAUCAGAUCUUAUCACGUAAGAUUUUUUUUCAGAACUGAUCUAAUUGGUCAAAAGGCCAAUUAGUGGAAGAAA